CAUGCUUUUGUCAGCUCAUUCAUGAGCCUUGAUGAGAUUGUUGACAAAGCGCUUCGAAGCUCUGAUGGGAAAACCACUUGUGAAGAUUUCGUCAGUCUAGUCCAAACAUGCCUAUCCAAGAUUCAGAAGUCAUCUGCACUGUCUGGGAUCUUCUCUGAGACAAACAAAAGCGAGCUUGCAGCUUUCACAUCCUACGCACUGGCUUUCCCCAGCGCCUUUCUUGCUCUUGUUGAUACUUACGAUGUCAUGAAAAGUGGAAUCCCUAACUUCUGUGCUGUUGCUUUAGCACUUAAUGAACUGGGAUACAAAGCAGUAGGCAUUAGGCUUGAUUCAGGUGACUUAGCUUACCUCUCUACUGAGGCCAGGAAGUUCUUUUGCGGCGUAGAGAGAGAGCUUAAUGUGUCCGACUUUGGUAAGAUGAUCAUUACCGCUAGUAACGAUCUUAACGAAGAGACAGUGGAUGCUCUUAACAAACAGGGUCAUGAAGUAGACGCCUUUGGAAUCGGAACCAACUUAGUGACUUGCUAUUCACAAGCCGCGUUAGGCUGUGUUUUCAAACUCGUGGAGAUCAAUAAGCAGCCUCGGAUCAAACUCUCUGAAGAUGUUACUAAGGUAUCUAUACCAUGUAAGAAGCGUACUUACAGAUUAUUCGGAAAAGAAGGUUACCCUCUAGUUGAUAUCAUGACUGGAGAGAACGAACCACCACCUAAGGUUGGUGAGAGGUUGCUUUGCCGUCAUCCAUUCAAUGAAUCAAAAAGGGCUUAUGUGGUGCCACAACGUGUGGAAGAGCUUCUUAAAUGUUACUGGCGUGGAAAUGCAGGUGAAGCUAGGGAAGAGCUGGAGCCAUUGAAAGAGAUAAGAAGCCGUUGCAUUAAACAGCUUGAGAACAUGAGACCUGAUCAUAUGAGAAGAUUAAACCCUACUCCUUAUAAGGUUAGUGUGAGCGCCGAGUUGUAUGACUUCAUCCACAACCUCUGGCUCAACGAAGCUCCUGUCGGUGAACUGCACUGAUAUUUUUUUUUUCUACAAAAUGUAGCUUUCUUCUCUUGUGCCUCUGUCAAUGUUAAGAUAUAAUAACCCAUUGUAUCAGCUUUUGCUACUUUACGACUUCUUGAUCCCUCACUCUUUACAACUUUGUCUAUUUUUUUUUUUUUUGAACUUGUAUUCACCAAACAUUUACUCGGAAUAAAACUCAGAAGAUUCAAUCUUCUUAGACUUUUAUCA